AUGCCGGAGAAUCUGCUCACACGCACGCAGUACGUGCGCGACACGUGGGCGCGCCGCUGCGACAAGACCGUCUACUUCAGCUCCAAAGAGAACGCCGAAUUUCCGACGAUAGGGUUGGACACGGGAGACGGGCACCACGCGUUUCAGGCGCAGAAGGCAAAAGCUGCGUGGAGUUACGUCGAGAAACACUUCAUCAAUGACUUUGACUUCUUCUACAAGAGGCAAUUUCUUUCGGACAAACAUCCAGAGAGACCAGAGUACUAUGGACAUAUAUUCAAGCAUCCAUCGCGAAACGUCACGUACAUGAGCGGCGGACCAGGGUUUAUCCUAACACGAAAGUCUGUGAAGCUUCUCAACCAAGCAAUAACAGAUCACCCAGAAUGCAUACCGGAUGGACGUGGGGAGGACUGGAAGGUGGGGAAAUGCUUGUCGACGGUGGGCGGCUAUGCUGUCGACACGAGGGAUGAACAGGGCAGAGACCGAUUCAUGGUGUUUGACCUGAAGCGCCACGUAACAGGUGCAUAUCCGACCUGGUACAGGAAAUUCAACGGCAGCCCAGUGAUAAAUGGGAAGAAAUGCUGUGCACGGUACCCUAUCAGCUUUCAUUAUGUGAGAGGAUUGGACAUAUUGACAUAUGAAUGGUUCUUCUACAGUCAACGCGUUACCAGCUUCACCGGGAAUCACAAAAAUGAUCGUGCAAAGUUUAGCUCAGCGAUGACGUCAUCAUCCCACACAAUUAAGGAUUGAUGAUGAUCACUGUAUACAGGAAGUGUUGAAGAUAUAAUUCACUUGCAAUUGUACAUUGCAGUGGAGAAUAAUUCAGAGAUCCAUAUACAGAGUCGUGGUACCCUUUAUAUAUGUGGUUGAAAUAGGCAAGCCUGUCAAUGUUACACGUCCUACGAGGAGCCGUCAUUAAAUUACUGAAAACCAAUCCAAACCAAAGACAUAAAUUACAACUACAUGUAAAUCAUAUGCCUUUUUUCUAUAGUAACUACAGAACGUUGCUCAAUCAACAUGACUAAAAUAAUCUAUAGCAAUAAAAAUUAAAUAUAAAUAUUCGAGAGGAAAUUCCUAUAAGCAAGUGCAGGCCAAUAUAGCCAAGUCUAUGAUAAUUUCUUGUUUUCAACUGACCUAGCAUUUCAGGGUGGAUACGCAAUUUCAUUCACUAUUCGCUAGACAAAUAUAGUGUAAUAAUAUAUGCGUACCGGGCAAUUAAGUUAACGAAGCAAUGCGAUCGGAGGAUUACGAUGGGUGAGUCAGCUUAUUACAAAACAAGAAAUCACAUAAGCACGGCAUUGUAUACAUUGACUACUAACACGACAAACGAGUGCAGUAUACUGGUGUUAGGUGCGAGUGUGUGUUUGCUACGUCUGCUUUAUAUUUACCGGCUCCACGAUCAGGUAUGACAGCCAAGUCCUCUUGUAAGCUUGAAUCUCGCGAUCCUGCACAAUUAAACAUCGUCAUGCACAUUCAUCGCAACCAACCAGCGAGUAUAAAUGUAAUUAAUGUAUAAUAAUCGUACAACUGUAAGUGGGAACGCAUGCAGCACAAGUUAUUCAUACACAUGCGCAUAAUCCCAAUCGACGAUAUACAUAAAACUAACACCUCGGAUGCAAAUGAUCUGAAUUAAUGAGGCAUAAAAUAUACGGUGAUAUGUCAUUGUUUGAACAGUACCCAUCAUUAACUGACAUUUAAACUGAAUAAAUACCCAGAUAUAAUGUCUCACGCUUCACAUGGCCUGGUGCAGUGCUUAGUUUAGUCAAAUAUUUUCAGUAUUUCAGUCCACUAUGAUACGUACGUCACACAUACAGCUGUAGUAUCACUCGUUAUUCUGGAUAGUGUGUUUGAAUAAGAGCGGAGUCUUUUUUGUUAUAAAUAUUUGUGUGAUAGAAUAAAAUUGUAUUAUCAAAAAUAUGCGUCACUUUUCAUAUAUAAGUAUUAUUGUAAUAAAAAUGUAGUUAAAAUAACAUUA